UAAGAGAGAGAGGUAACCAUAACAUACAAGUUGAUUUGCACAAUUGUCAAUGGCGAAAUUGUUUAUCUAACGAAUAGCACUCAGUAAGUGUAUGGUGUAAGUCUUCAAACUAAUUUUAGUGAAUGCCAGGAUGAGACAGAAAAAAUAUUAUUUUUUCAUUGAACAAGUUUAAAUAAGUCUUUAAAAAAACAAAAUAAAUUUGAUUAAAAAACUUCCGAGCUGAAAUCUUUGGGAAAAAUAAGGAUAGGGCGGCAACGUUGGGAGGCAGUGUGGUGGACAUGCGGCCUUUAUUAAAAUUUAUUAAAAGUGCCUUUUCUGUUGACAUGGAAAAACUCCUAAAAUGACAGGCAAUUCAAGGCCAUUUUAAAGCGUCUAAAAUUUCUUUCAUUUAUAUUGACUAACAGCUUUACUUUUUCCGCAAGUACAUCACACUGUUUGACAUGUAAAAAACAAAACAUAAACAAAAAUAAAAUUUAAUAAAAAUAUCUGUGUGUACUACCGGAUGUGCACGUGACGCACUUAUCAUUAAUGUAUUAAAAAUAAAAAGAUGCCAUACUAAAAGGUUAUCUUAAUGGAUUUACAAUGAUGUGUUAAACCCAGCUGGAAUUUUGUUUCUCUAUUUAUUUUCUGUUUAUUGUAUUCACAAAUUCAAUAUGUAGAAAAUAUUAAUAUAAGUUAACGGUUGGGAAAGCGAGUCGUUGCUAGGUUUGUUUUGAUCAGCACAUUCUUUAAACGUUAACCAAGAUAGUCAUCUCUUUUUUUCUGGCGGACAGAAGCAGAAGUGUGAAAACAAAGUAUAAAUGGAAAAAAAGCAUAUCAUAAUCGCGCUAGUGGUUGUCAUUGUCAUCGUAGCUGUCGCCAUCACUUUAGGCGUCACACUAAGCAAAGAUGACGACGGCGAUGGAAACAAUUAUGCUGCUGUAAAGGACUAUUACACAAAUGGUGCUGUCGCAACAGAUGCUAAAAACUGUUCAGAUAUUGGUUUGGAAAUGUUAAAAGCAGGAGGGCAUGCUGUAGAUGCUGCUAUUGCAAGUUUAAUUUGCGUAGGAGUGGUAAAUCUGCACUCUACUGGUAUCAGUGGUGGAGGUUUUAUGACACUGUACGAUAAAGCAAAGAGGAAAACUACAGUGUUUGACUAUAGAGAAACUGGUCCAGCUGGCUUACAUGCAAACUCUUAUGCUCAUGACAAAAACGCCGCAAAAGUAGGUGGAUUAGCAGUCGGGGUUCCUGGAGAGAUCAGAGGUUUAAAGUUAGUUCAUGAAAGGUAUGGAAAAUUACCUUGGUCUCAAUUAUUUGAACCAUCAGUCAAGCUGGCUGAAGAAGGUAUCACGGUCGGAAAGCACAUGGCUUCGAAAUUAUCAAGUUCUACAAGGAAAGCAAUCAUGGUGGAUCCUGGAUUGAAAGAAAUUCUAGUAAAGGAAGACGGUACGUUCAAAAAGGCGGGAGAUAUUAUUGUUAACAAAAAAUAUGCUGAUACACUCCGAAUACUUAAAGACAAUCCAGAAGAUCUUUACACAGAAAAUAUCUCGAAGUCAUUUUUAAGUGAUGUCAACAGCAAUAAUGGUAACAUGACGGCAGACGAUUUAAAAAAUUACAAAGUUUUAGAGAAAGUACCUAUAACCACAACAUUGAAUGGAUUGACACUUCAUACAACUCCUUUACCAGGAGGUGGUUCUGUUUUAAUACACAUCUUAAAUAUGGUAAAAGGGUAUAAGUUCAACGCAUCAUAUUUGGACACUGUUUAUGAGAAAGUGUUAACAUAUCACAGAAUUGUUGAAAGUUUUAAAUUUAGCUAUUCGAAACGUCCACAUCUUGGUGAUCCCGAUAAAGUACCUGUUGAAAAUAAAACCGAAUUCGAUAAGAUGAAAGAAGACAUAAUAAGUCUAGGGAAGGCUGAAAUGAAUCGUAUGAAAGUGAAUGACACUUCCACGCAAAAAAAUAGUUAUUACGAUCAAUUCUUUACGACAACUGAAGACGAUGGUACUACACAUGUUUCAGUGAUUGAUAAAGAUGGGAAUGCUGUAUCAGCUACGGAUACGAUCAAUUUUGCGUUUGGCGCAAAAUUUCGAUCAAUGAAAACUGGUAUUAUAUACAACAACGAACUAGCUGAUUUUUUUUUAAACUCCACUUACGGUGAUAAAUAUCCAACGCCGUUAUAUAAUGCUCCCGGUGCUGGACGCCGACCUCUUUCAUCGACCUGUCCGUCAAUUUUAGUUGAUAAAGAUGGAAAUGUUGUGAUGGUGGUUGGUGGUUCGGGAGGUACCAGGAUAACACUUUCUACCGCUUGGGUUAUCAUCAAGAAGUUGAUGUUUUCGUACAAUCUAACUUCGGCUGUGGAAGAUGCUCGUCCGCAACACGCAUUUUUUCCAGAAUACAUUCGAAAUGAAAAAGGGUACCUCCUCUCCGACGAUAUUGUGGAGGGAUUGAAAAAAAAGAAUCACAGAAUUCUACAAUCCAGUCUUAAUGCUAUAGUUCAAGGUAUAUAUGUUGACGGUGGGAAAAUUUACGCGAAAUCUGAUCCCAGAAAAGAAGGUGUGGCAGCUGGAUAUUAAUUUCGUACACGAAUACAAUGUUACCAUAUUUAAUGAAAGUUAGAAAAUAUGUUCACAACAUUCUAAUUAUAAUUCUACAUUAAUAACACAAACACCGAACCAGCGACAUAAGAGACUGAGAAACAGAUUUUUUAUUUUUUUAUAAGUUUUAAAUAAUUACACGUCUUAUAAA